GGUGGCGGUGGGCGCUGAGCGGCGGGGGAGCCGGGCGUCCCCGGGGCCGCCGCCUCUCGGGCUGAGCCCCCCCGCCCGGACCAUGGCCGACGACGACGUGCUGUUCGAGGACGUGUACGAGCUCUGCGAGGUGAUCGGCAAGGGUCCCUUCAGCGUCGUGCGGCGAUGCAUCAACAGGGAGACAGGGCAGCAGUUCGCUGUGAAGAUCGUCGAUGUAGCAAAAUUCACUUCAAGUCCUGGAUUAAGCACAGAAGAUCUGAAGAGAGAAGCCAGUAUUUGUCACAUGCUGAAGCAUCCUCACAUUGUUGAACUGUUGGAGACAUACAGCUCAGAUGGAAUGCUUUAUAUGGUCUUCGAGUUUAUGGAUGGAGCAGACCUGUGUUUUGAAAUUGUGAAGAGAGCAGAUGCUGGAUUUGUCUACAGCGAGGCUGUAGCCAGUCAUUACAUGAGGCAGAUACUGGAAGCUCUACGUUACUGUCAUGAUAAUAAUAUAAUUCACAGAGAUGUGAAGCCACACUGUGUACUGCUUGCCUCUAAAGAGAAUUCAGCCCCAGUAAAGCUUGGUGGCUUUGGGGUAGCAAUUCAGUUAGGAGAAUCUGGGCUAGUUGCUGGAGGACGUGUAGGAACACCUCACUUCAUGGCUCCAGAAGUGGUAAAAAGAGAACCAUAUGGGAAGCCUGUAGAUGUCUGGGGUUGUGGUGUGAUCCUGUUUAUCCUGCUAAGCGGUUGUUUGCCUUUUUAUGGAACCAAGGAAAGAUUAUUUGAAGGCAUUAUUAAAGGCAAAUACAAGAUGAAUCCUAGGCAAUGGAGCCAUAUUUCUGAAAGUGCCAAAGAUCUGGUGCGCCGCAUGCUUAUGCUGGAUCCAGCAGAAAGGAUAACAGUGUAUGAAGCACUGAAUCACCCCUGGUUAAAGGAGAGAGAUCGCUAUGCAUACAAGAUUCAUCUUCCAGAAACAGUAGAACAAUUGAGAAAAUUCAAUGCAAGACGAAAACUAAAGGGGGCAGUACUAGCAGCUGUGUCAAGCCACAAAUUCAACUCCUUCUAUGGUGACCCCCCUGAAGAGCUGCCAGACUUCUCUGAAGACCCCACCUCCUCAGGACUUCUAGCAGCAGAAAGAGCAGUCUCACAGGUGCUGGACAGCCUGGAAGAAAUUCAUGCACUUACAGACUGCAGUGAAAAAGAUUUAGAUUUUCUUCACAGUGUUUUCCAGGAUCAACAUCUUCACACGUUACUAGAUCUUUAUGACAAAAUAAACACAAAAUCUUCACCACAAAUCAGGAAUCCUCCAAGUGAUGCUGUACAGAGAGCCAAAGAGGUAUUGGAAGAAAUUUCAUGUUACCCAGAGAACAAUGAUGCAAAGGAGCUAAAGCGUAUUUUAACACAACCUCAUUUCAUGGCCUUACUUCAAACUCAUGAUGUAGUGGCACAUGAAGUUUACAGUGACGAAGCUCUGAGAGUUACCCCUCCUCCCACCUCGCCCUACCUGAACGGGGACUCGCCGGAGAGCGCCAACGGCGACAUGGACAUGGAGAACGUCACGCGCGUCCGCCUGGUGCAGUUCCAGAAGAACACAGACGAGCCCAUGGGAAUCACUUUAAAAAUGAAUGAGCUGAACCACUGCAUUGUGGCAAGAAUUAUGCACGGAGGAAUGAUUCACCGGCAAGGUACGCUACAUGUAGGAGAUGAAAUCAGAGAGAUAAACGGAAUCAGUGUGGCAAAUCAAACUGUAGAACAACUACAAAAAAUGCUUAGGGAAAUGCGUGGAAGUAUUACCUUCAAGAUAGUGCCAAGUUAUCGCACGCAGUCUUCAUCCUGUGAGAGAGAUUCCCCCUCUACAUCCAGACAGUCCCCCGCUAAUGGUCAUAGCAGCACUAACAAUUCUGUUUCGGACUUGCCAUCGACAACACAACCAAAAGGAAGACAGAUCUAUGUAAGAGCACAAUUUGAAUAUGAUCCAGCAAAGGAUGACCUCAUUCCUUGCAAAGAAGCUGGCAUCAGAUUCCGAGUUGGUGAUAUUAUCCAAAUCAUUAGCAAAGAUGAUCAUAACUGGUGGCAGGGUAAACUUGAGAACUCCAAAAACGGUACUGCAGGUCUUAUUCCCUCUCCUGAACUUCAGGAAUGGCGAGUUGCUUGUAUUGCCAUGGAGAAGACCAAACAGGAGCAACAGGCCAGCUGUACUUGGUUUGGAAAGAAAAAAAAGCAGUACAAAGACAAAUAUUUGGCAAAGCACAAUGCAGUGUUUGAUCAAUUAGAUCUCGUCACAUAUGAAGAAGUAGUAAAGCUGCCAGCAUUCAAAAGGAAAACACUAGUCCUACUAGGUGCACACGGUGUCGGAAGAAGACACAUAAAAAACACACUCAUCACAAAACAUCCGGACAGAUUCGCGUACCCCAUUCCUCACACAACCAGACCUCCAAAGAAAGAUGAAGAAAAUGGCAAAAAUUACUACUUUGUAUCACAUGACCAAAUGAUGCAGGAUAUAUCAAACAAUGAAUAUUUGGAAUAUGGCAGCCAUGAGGAUGCAAUGUAUGGGACAAAACUGGAAACAAUACGAAAGAUCCAUGAGCAGGGACUAAUUGCAAUACUUGAUGUAGAACCUCAGGCGUUGAAGGUCCUGAGAACUGCAGAGUUUGCUCCUUUUGUUGUUUUUAUUGCUGCACCUACAAUUACCCCAGGCAUUAAUGAGGAUGAAUCCCUUCAGCGCCUGCAGAAGGAAUCCGAAAUCUUACAGAGAACAUAUGCACACUACUUUGACCUAACAAUUAUCAACAAUGAGAUUGAUGAAACCAUCAGGCACCUGGAGGAAGCCAUCGAGCUCGUGUGUACAGCCUCCCAGUGGGUCCCGGUCUCCUGGGUCUACUAGACUGGGAAUGAGAGAAUUGAGGAGAAAAAAAAAAACAAAAACAAACAAAUCUGUCAUUACUGGGAACCACCUCAUAACAUGGAAAACCUCUUCGUUAUUGACCUUGUGUCAACAGGUCUUGGCCCCUAGAGACUACCUAGAUGUAGUGUGACCUAAAAUAUAAUUAUUGUCAUGUCCGAAUAGAUAGGAGGAGGGGGAAAAAAAGAUGAAACACUAAUUUAAAGAGACAGUAUCUUUUUUUUAAUCAUUUCUCCUAAACUUUAAUAAAAUGUAUCUUUAAAUGUAUGUAUUAUUCAGUCCUUUGGAAUGUUAUAUUUUUGGAAAUCAUAGCUUUUUAUUUCAAGGGCCCCUAAAAACUGCACAAAAUAGAUGCUGCUUUCUAUAAUCUAUUUUAAUAGUAAUAAUAAUAUGAUUCUGUUACCUUAACUUGGGGGUGGAACACUACAUUCUUUUUAGAGUCUGAUUUUAUGGAUUGGAAUACUUUGGUUUCCUUUAUUUAUUUGAAGUAAUUAGUCUAGUGGUUACGAAACAAAUUCAUAAAUUUUAAAGGCCUUUUUUUUCCGCGCUUUUUUUUUUUUUUUUCUCUCCUAGGAUAGCAUUUUUAAGUACUUUUGUGUAACAUCCAGAUAAUGUGAUACUGUCUCUUUGAAGAACUCUGUAAAAGUUUUAGAAAUUUGAAAUUGGGUCUUGACUCUUAAUGCAUGUGGACAGUCGCAAGCGUUCAUGCCGUUGGUGUAUCUGUGUUGAUAAAACCUGUAAUCUACAGCAAAGUACAUUCCGUUCAUGGGAACACGUACCCAAGGGAAUAAAGCAAAAUAUUAUUCUGA